AUGAGUAACUCAAUUGACGUUUCUGGUAUUUUUGAUAACGCUGAAUCUAAUGACGUCGCAAUCCACCCAUUCGAAACUGAUAUCACUUCCCCUCUGUCGCCAAUUGCCGGAUUGUGUGCGCCAGACGGUAACCGGGGUGAGGUCGACACAAGACACAGAGAGCAAUUUCUUGGGUUCAUCGGCAAUUCCAGUCACAAAAGGCUCAGACUGAACCACGAAUCCGCACGACUUCUAAGUGCCGCACGGAAAACUGCGAAAGCUAAAAAGCCAUCACUUAAGUGGGACGUGCUGCUUCCGCAAGCGCAUGGCAUUACCGCUUCAAGUUCCCACCCCGGUGUCCCUUUAUUGACCGAGCAGGAAGAACGCCGUCUUCAGCCUUCACCCCCUCAGGAUAAGAUCGAGGUCCAUAGUUUACAAUAUUCUCAGUCUCAUUGUUCGCUUCACCAGUCCACUGACAUCGAUCCACCGGCGAGCAUUACUGAGACCUCUGAACUAUCCAGAAGCAACUUGAGCACGGAAAAGUUGAAAUUGAGUAUCGCGAAUGAGUCCCUUAAGCUGAUUUCUAGAGCUCGCCGUAUCGGUGCGCUGCCUAAGAGAGCAGUCGGGACCCUGUUUGACGAACUACUCAAAGGGCCCAAGGUCACUCAUCCUGCUGAGUUGAUCAUUUGCACCGAGCUUUCUGAGACACAAAGCACACCCGCACGUGGCUGUAUUCCAUCACCUUCUAUCCCAGAAAGAGAAAGAGAGUUUUCAAUAGAUCAUUGUGCGUCGGAAGGGAAGGAUGCAUCCCCAGGCCCUGUUGGAUUAUCGCAAAUAUCUACAAAUCUCACCAAAUUUAUUUCACCGAAGACACAAAACACAAGCAAGGAGAAGCUGCCCACAGUUUUUCGAAGCAAAGGAUCAAAUUAUAUGCUUGCGGAUGAGUCGCAGCGGGUGCCCAAUCUCAAAUCUUUCUCUGGAAUCCGUAUUCAAGAGCUGGAACAUAUGGCACAAGCUGUGCUAUAUACAAGUGAAGUCUGCGUACCUGUUGAUGAUCCUGCUUUUCGACCAAUCAAGACCCCAGAAACCCUCACAAGUUCUAGAGAGCUUGUAUUAGAAAAUGACACGCCCAAGGAAUUGAAUAAUAAACUUCAAUGUCAGGUUUCCAUCUCCGGAGAGCAUGCCACUUCAACUGUGUCCAACCCUAGACUGGCCAACGUGGGAUUUGGCUCUCUAUCUGCAUUCAUGGAAACAAGAGGACUUAUUGACUCGAACCAUCAUUCAAACAUUUCACAUUCUUCUUCUCGUAGUCCCCAUGAUAAAGAAGAAUCAACUCUCGAGGAGCCAGAUACCUCUAAGCUCGCUCAUGAUACCAAUAUUUACAAUCCACCCAUGGGAAAAUCUUCCUUUAUAAAAGUCCCAUCGAUCAUCGGGCCCCGUUUCGAACUCAAAGCUUCAAAUCUCAUUAUAUUUCUAUCAACAGAUCUCCUCAAGACUCAUCUUCGACUUGUCCAAUGUCUCGAACAACGAGAAAAUCCACCAAAGUGUUUCUAUCGAGACUACAGCCAACCUCAAAUAUCACCAAACUUGAACGCUCUGAUCCCACUUCCUCGGGCACCCAUAAACGCACCACAGGAAGCAGAUCUAAUCAUCUCUCCAUCCGUUGGAAUUAUACUCACAACAUCUCAAGCUCUAUCCCAAUUAUAUUUACCCGGCCACAAACCCACCGAUCCUGCCAUUCGAAGUAACCUUUCCAUUACAUCCCACCUAAAAGAACGGUUAUUCCGACUAACUCAGCGGUAUGACAUCUUAUAUGUACUAAUCAGUCAUUCAUCUUCAAACACCAUGAUCGAACGCGGCAGAACACAUUUAGUCUUCCAAAUGGAUAAGUCCACUCAGGAAUCUUAUAACUCUAUCCAAGAGUUUUGUUCUUCAAUCUCCUCGUCGAUGAAGAUGCUCCCCCAUCUCAUUCCAGCUACCCCAGACACAAUAGCGGAAUGGAUCCUGACCCUCGCAACGAACCAUGCUUCCCAUUGUCUGACAACGGAUCAACUUCAGAACAUUUCACCUUCGCCUAUCGCUUUUCAGGGCGAAAAAUAUCGACAAAGGACCGUCAAUCAACUAAUCAAAGAAGAUGAGACAAAGUGGGAAGUUUGGCUUCGAAGCUUGGGCCUAAAUCCCUAUGCCGCAAGGAUUGUUCUUGAUAUUCUCGAAGCCGACGGUGAUUGUACGAAACAUAGCAAAGACGGAUGGAGUGAGCCUGGAAAGAAGAAGGGUGAGAGUUCAAUGUCUUCUUUCAUGAGGUCUAUUGAGAUGGGACCGUUGCAAAGACUGGAGCGGUUCAAGAUGCUACUGGGAGAGCGAUUAUUGUUUAAAUUACAACAGGCCAUUGAACUGCACAUGUGGGCAGCUGAUGAUGACGACGAGACAGCACUUUGUGCAUGGUAG